ACUUGGAGCUCAGAGCGGGGUAAAAUGUGGCAUAAAGUCAUCGCUGCCCCAAACUAAUGGACUGAGUUCUGGUACACAUCUGGAACACUUGGUAUCAGAGCACCUACUGCCAUACAAACUUCUCUUCAUGUAUGUUAUGCCUUAUCCUUGAGAAAGUACCUGCUGUUCCUAACUCUGCGGGUCUCAUAGGAUGUUUGACGAUUUGGACGACUAUGAUUAUUUCCUUCCACACGCUGACCUGCAAACCACCCACCUUCAUCAAGCUGUCAGAGAAAACGACAUUCCUCGACUAGAGGAGACUUUGAGAAACGGAGCAGAUGUCAACAUGCAGGAUGGACAAGCUACAACCCCACUGCAGGUUGCUGUGGGGGGAUGCAGGGAAAAUGUAACCGUCAUUCAACUACUUCUCCGAUACGGAGCAGAUGUCACGGGACAUAGAGGCGUACACGGAAAUGCCUUGACCCAUGCCGCUCUUGGGAGUCCAGCGAUUAUGCGAAUGCUUUUAGAUCAUGUUUCCGCGCAAGAGCAUUUCGACCUCUCAUCGGCGAAUCGUGCACUGUGUACAGCCUCUGAAUAUGGACGCGUGGAGAUAGUCCAGCUUCUUUUGGCUAGAGGGGUUAGUCCGAACGCAGGGGGCUCUAUGUAUGGGUGUGCACUCGAAGCAGCAGCUCAUUAUGGAAGUGAAGGUGCUGUCCAGGCUCUGUUGGCCGCUGGUGCAGAUGUUAACUUUCAAGGCGGCUAUCAUGGGAAUGCGCUCCAGGCUGCAGCGAGAUAUGGAAGGGAAAAUCUGGUGAAGAUCUUACUGCAAGCUGGUGCUGAUGUGAAUGCUUCUGGUGGUGUUUAUGCUAAUGCAUUGACGUCAGCUAUUCAACGGGAUCAUCCACAGGUUGUAGCAAUACUUCUAGAGGCGGGCGCAACUCCUGUUCAGGGUGAUUAAAUCGCACUAGCAGAGGUCUCUUUCUAAACCAGAAACAUCUUAUACGAAAGGAUAUAGUAAGAUUACUGGCUUGGCAAUAUCAACGCUUUUCAUCAUCAAGUUUAUCAAACCCUAGAAUACUGUGAGGAAGGCGCGAAGGGGCUGGUUUAAACCACCAGCAUUCACCGAACCUUUCAAUUAUCGAAGCAGCCAAACAACACAGCUUCGAAUGCAUCACAUAUCCAAAACGUCCUGGUACCAAAUCAUUUUAAAUUUUCUUUCAAGAAUAUGCUAGCACACGUAUGCUUAGCAAUAUGUAGAACUCACAGGUAAAU